AUGCAUUUGGAUACGGUAUGGGAGAAAAGAGCUGCAGAAUCAUGGAACCGAACACUCGAGUCCUAUGAGCCAAAUCCAGAAAAGAUAGUCAUGCACCUCAACGAAAAUAUCCACAGGAGUUUGAAGGAAUUAAAUACAGAAGAUGGAUUGAAUAGCACAAGACGACAACUAAAUCAGGCCAAUAAUGGUGAAUGCAUGGCAACAAACCCGAUUGACAGGUGCUGGAGGUGCCAACCCAACUGGGCCGAUAAUCGAAAAAGGCUUGCAGAUUGUGCCCUCGGGUUCGGGUACAAGACCGAGGGUGGAAAGGCUGGGAAGUUCUACGUGGUAACAGAUUCAUCCGACGAUGAAAUGGUCAAUCCUAAACCCGGAACCCUACGCCAUGCCGUCAUCCAAAAGGAGCCAUUGUGGAUCAUAUUUGAACGAAGUAUGGACAUAAAGUUGAACCAAGAAUUAAUAAUGGAAGGCGAUAAAACGAUUGACGGCCGUGGUGCGACGAUCCAUAUUGCUCAUGGGGCAGGCAUUACUAUUCAAUUUGUGAAGAAUGUGAUAAUCCAUGGACUUUACAUUCAUGACAUUGUUCCGGCCAGCGGAGGCAUUAUUAGGGAUUCCGUUGAACAUUAUGGAUUCCGAACCAAGAGUGAUGGGGAUGGCAUUUCAAUAUUUGGGUCUCAAAAUAUUUGGAUUGAUCAUGUUUCAAUGAAAAAUUGCUACGACGGACUCAUUGAUGCAAUUCAAGCAUCCACGGGGAUCACUAUCUCCAACGGUCACUACACUGAUCAUAAUGAGGUGAUGCUUUUUGGUGGAAGCAAUAGCUACACGCAGGACGAGAAGAUGCAAAUAACAGUUGCUUUCAAUCAUUUUGGCAAGAGAUUGGUACAAAGAAUGCCAAGAUGUCGAUAUGGUUACAUCCAUGUUGUCAACAAUGAUUACACACACUGGAAUAUGUAUGCAGUUGGUGGCAGUCAACAUCCUACCAUUAUUAGCCAGGGCAAUCGAUACACCGCACCUCCUCAAAAUGCCUUUGCGAAGGAGGUGACAAAGAGGGACUAUGCUGAAGAAUCGGAAUGGAAGCAAUGGACAUGGAGAUCAGAAGGAGAUCUUUUCUUACAAGGAGCAUUUUUUAUUCAAUCUGGAGACCCGAAUUGGUCUAAGAAACACCCGGAAAGUUCUGAUGCCCUACCCGCUGCCCCCGCUACACAGGUCUACGAGCUCACAAAAUUCGCAGGGCCACUAAAAUGCAUGGUUGGAAAACCAUGUUAG